AUGUACUCCACUCUCCCAGAUGCCUCCAAAGUCGGACUCCCCGCCUCCGAUGCCACCAGCGCCGCCGAACUCGCCAGUCUUAAGGUAAGGCUUCGCGCCGCCCUUGUCAGUCCUGGCGAGCUAAGUCUACCUUCAUCAAAGACCGGAGUCAACAUCCUUGAAAAUCAAAAUGACGCCAUUUGGGCCAGCGUACUCCAGGAGAUAUUUGAGUGA